AUGGCACUGGCAAUGCUGCAUGAGUGGUGCAAUGAGAGCACGCACCAUUUCCUGCUCAUCCCGGAUGACUGUGAGGAAGAGGAAUUCCAGAAUGCCGCGAAGACUGCCCUGUGGCCCCUGGGCAGAUACCAAGUGCUGGGCAAAGUGUUCAGAAAGGAGCUCAGAUCCAGGGUCGCCUUAGUGGAGUUUGCUCAGUAUUUAAACCGAAGUUUGAUUCCCCGACAAACAGCAGGCAAGGGAGGACCCUGGCCUGUGGUCUUUCUGCCCCAGGCUCCUGAUUUAGAGUCACAGGAUAGACCCAAUUUCCCUGCCCAGCACCAGAGGCAAGCAAGGUCUGGCCAGGCAGGUGAGGCAGGAGCUGUAGGUAAAGAAAGGGCUGCAGAUGUCACAGGAGCUGCAAGUAAGGAAGGGUGUGAAGGUCAGGAAGGAGCUAUAGGUGAGGCAGGAGCUGCAGGUGAGGCAGGAGCUGCAGGUGAGGGGGGAGGGGCAGGUGAGGCAGGAGUUGCAGGUGAGGAAGAAGCCAUAGGUGAAGUGGGAGUUGCAAGUGAGGCGAGAGCAGCAGGUGAGAUGGGAGCUGCAGGUGAGGAAGGGUGUAAAGGUAAGGAAGAAGCUACAUGUGAGGUGGGGGCUGCUGGUGAUAAAGGACAUGAAAGUGAGGAAAAAGCUGCAGGUGUGGAAGGAGCUGUAGGUGAGGCAGGAACUGAAAAUGAAGGGAUAGUGUUAGAUGAAGGAGAUGCAGAUGUGGUAGGAGCUGUCAGUAUGGUAGGAGAAGAUGGAGGAGUACUCGAUGAAGAGGGAGCUGUAGGUGUGGCAGGAGCAGAAGGUGAGGCAGGAGCUGUAGGUGUGACAGGAGCUGCCGGUGUGGCAGGAACAGAAGAUGAAGGAGCAGUGCCUGAUGAGGAGGGAGCCGCAGGUGACACAGGAAUUGCAGGUGUGCUGGGAUCUGUGAGUAUGGCAGGAGCAGCAGGGGAGGCGGGCACUACAGGGGAGGAAGGAGCUGCAGGAGCCGUAGAUGAGGGAGGAUCCUGGAUCCAGCAGUGGGGCCAGGCUUGGCAGCCUGUGCCAGAAGACGCGGCCUACGGGGAACUGAGAACCUUCUCCGGGAUGGAAGAUCCAGACCAAGAGUCCUUUGAGGUCUGGCUGGAGCACGCCAACGACAUGCUGUUCAUGUGGCGCCACGUGCCAGAAGGGGAGAGGAGGCGGUGGCUGAUGGAAAGCUUGGGGGGCCUCGCGCUCGAGUUCAUGUGCGGCCUCCUGGCAGAAAAUCCCAACAUGCUUGCGCAGGAUUGCCUGGCCGCAAUGGUCCAGGUGUUCGGAGACAAGGAUCCCUGCGUGACCGCACGGCUGAAGUUCCUGACGUGCGCCCAGCGGCCCCAGGAGACUCUGUUUGCCUACGUGAUGCGCCUGGAAGGCCUGCUGCAGUCGGCCGUGGAGAAGGGGGCCAUCCAUCCCACCAUCGCGGACCAGGUUCGCGCCAGGCAGGUGCUGAUGCGGGCUCGCUCCAACGAGAUGCUCCAGAGCAAGCUGAAGAGGAUGCGGCUGGAGAGGAGACCACCCGGCUUCCUGGGGAUGCUGCGGCUCAUCCGCGAGGCCGAGGCGUGGGAGGCCGCCCCAGCUACGGGUGAGCAGUUCCAAGUGGAAGAAGGGCGCCCCGCCCGUGUAUGUCAGAGACUAUGGCAGGAGGACUGUGGUGGUGGGGGACGCAGAGGUCCCUGA